AUGGCCUCCCAAUAUGCUGCAGAGCUCUGUGCGCUCUUGGUGGAAGACAAUUUUGGGGAGCUCUUUGCGCGUAUCUUCUCGACUCUGACGCGCUAUGAUCGACUCAAUUUGCCCCGUCUUAAGUUCCACUCUGGGCUCUCAAAUCGCCAGCUUCUUCCGGCGCUCGCGGCUAUGAUCCAGCAGCAUCUCGUUUACCACUACACAUCCUAUGACGACGGUGUCACAUACUACGAAGCGAAUCUCCAAUCUGCAUACUACCUCGUUCGGGCUGGGAAGAUCCUCGAAUUUGUGGAGGAACGACUGGGAAAGUAUGCGGCGACCGUCAUGUCGAGCAUUAUGUAUCUUGGCCAUGCGCAAGUGAGCCACCUGGAAAAUUUGCCAGAACUGCAGCCAGAGCAGUCUCAUACCAAUGGCGUUGAUAAAGAGCAUGACGAAGUCGACGGAGACGAAGAACAACCAAAUGGACUCAGUGGGGAUCAUUCUGACCAACAACCAGCGCUUCUCCAUCCAACAUUGAAAGUGCUAGCGGCUCAUGGCUAUAUAAUUCGUGUCCGAGAGGCACAAUUUCAGAGCCAUGCGGAUAAUAUCCUUGACGCUGAGCGUGUCUUGAAGUCGAGGCCGGAGAUCAAGGCCAUGAAGGGCAAGCGAAUGGAGGAGGCGGUCAUCGAAGGAACGCUCGAGCUGCUCAAGGAGAGGACGGAUGGAGAUUUGACGCGUGGUUUGAUGGUUCAAGGGGUUCCGAGAGGUGCCAAGCGUAAACAUGGUUCGAAAAGUGCUGAUGCGCCCAACAAAAAGGCUCGCGUGGAUUUUGCCAGUGUCGAUGAGGAUGAUGAGCAGGAUGAGGAGGAGAAUGAGUGGUCGGAUGAUGAGAUGGGUUACGAUACUACUCCCAUGGAGUCCGGGCUGGUCGUUCGAGUCAAUUAUAACAAGCUUGAUGUCGCACUACGAAACUGUCGCUUUAUCCAAAUAGCCGAACAAGAUGCGUCGCCUGCGACAGCCGAAGUGUACGAGUGCCUCCUUCGACGAAUUGAGUAUCAGACCCACCAAUGCCGUGACACGGUUGAGAUACCUCGCGAAGGAGAAGAAGGAGAGCAAUACUCUGUUCCGAUUGCUCUUAGUGCGGUAGCCGAGGAUGUCGAUCCACGACUCGACCUCUCGGGAUCUAUUGGACCCAUGGAGAUCUCGCAACCGGAUAAUCGACGCGGGAAACGGCCGCUGGAAGACGACGUCAAUGGAACAAAUCACGAAGGGGCGAACGGACUGUCGUCCGGAGGUAACCGUACCUUUGAGGUUGACCAGCACCUCUGUCUUUUGGCGCAACCCCCACAUAACCUCACGUCGAAACGCAUAGUCUCGGGCCUCAUCACCUGGACGGUAGAGUUUCGACAUCUUGCGCGCAAGCUGCGCCAUCUCGAAUUGGAGCGGAUGAUCGAGGCUCGGUACGGCGAUGUCGCGCUGCGGGUGGUUCGGGUGCUCCACGCCAAGGGCAAACUAGACGAGAAGCGACUUCAGGAGAUCAGUCUCCUCCCAUUCAAAGACCUGCGACAGGUUCUGGCCAGCAUGCAAGCCGGCGGAUUCGUUGACCUGCAGGAAGUGCCCAGGGAUGCACAGCGCCAGCCCUCGCGCACCAUCUACCUUUGGUACUACGAUCCCGACCGGAUCUGCAACAGCGUGCUGCAAGACACAUACAAGGCCAUGUCAAGGUGUUUCCAGCGCCUGAGGUUCGAACGCAACCGACUCAAGGAGUUUUUGGAAAAGACGGAGCGGAGCGAUGUCAAGGGCAACGAAGAACGGUACCUCUCCGAAGGAGAAUUGGCGCUCCUGCAGCAGUGGAAGGCCAAGGAGGCCUUACUGAUCGGGGAAGUGGCACGCCUGGAUGAGAUGGUUGCUGUGAUGAGAGACUAUUGA